GGGGAUCAAGUCAAAGGGAAGAGGCGCCCUAUCAUACAACCAACCAUCUUAUGAUACCGCACCACAUGCUAACAGUAUUUUACGGUAGGUCUUUGCCUAGAGUACAAGCACAGUACGAUUGAUGAUGUUGAAAUUGAUCAUCAAACCUCACUAAAUCUUCAUUCCCUUACAGUACCAUACGCGUUUACCUCCCCCUCCCAGAAACACCCCACAGACCACAAACAAGAAGCUCGCCCCACUCCAUUCCUCCAGAUAUCCCUACAGUGACAGGCUAUGACAACCAGAAGAUUCCCCCCUUGGUUACCACAUUUACGAUAUCACAAACAAUCUCAGUACCCAUAUACCUCCCACUCCAAUUUACACACCCGUCGACUGGUAUCCACCAGAGCGGAAAACAGCCCAGAAACCGGCCCCAGCUCGAAGUCACGGCCCCUCACUGAAAAGGAGCGAGAAUUCCUCCAUAGCGCGGUGAGUAGCCCCCCUCAACAUAAUAAAUACUAUCCCAAUUCCUUUAACGUUUGCCUAACUUUAUUUUCAGAUUCGUGUGAACCAAGCCGGUGAACUAGGGGCCAAUCUCAUUUACGAAGGGCAAUAUUCAAUUCUGAAGCGUGACCCCCGCCUCAAGCCCCUGAUCCGACACAUGUGGGAUCAAGAAGUUCAUCACCUCGACACCUUUAACAAACUCGUUGCCAAACACCGUAUCCGCCCCACCGCUUUACGCCCGCUAUGGAAUGUAGCGGGGUAUGCUCUAGGGGUUGGAACGGCCCUUCUCGGAGAGAAGGCGGCGAUGGCAUGUACGGAGGCUAUAGAGACCGAGAUUGGGGGUCACUACAAUGACCAACUGAGGACACUGCUGGACAUGCUCAAGGAUGAUAAGGAUCUACUCCAAAACGGCGAAUUGAAACAACUCAUAGACACAACUAGGGAGUUUCGAGACGAUGAGUUAGAGCAGUGCGUUCCUUAUUCGAUGUCCAAGCUUUCAACGAAUAAUAUCACUGACAAGAGCUAUCCAGUCUUGACACUGCUGUUGAGCACGACUCAAAGGGCGCUGAAGGCUACCACGUCCUUUUCAACGCUAUCAGAGGUGGAUGUAAGGCUGCCAUAUGGCUCAGUCAAAGAGUUUGAUACCCAAACGCUCUCAAAACUGUAUUUCACGUUUCAUUAGGCUCCAAACUGUAAAUACUGUAGAUGUCCAUUCAUUGUAAUACUUUUUUCCCC